AUGGAAAAGAGGAACAACGUCACAGAAUUUAUUCUUUUAGGUCUGUCCAGUGAUAGAAAUUUGCAGAUAUUCUGCUUUGGGCUGUUCCUCUCCUGUUACAUUGCAAUACUCUUAGUGAAUCACAUCAUCCUCAUCACCAUUAGAGGCAGUUCCCUCAUCAAACAUCCAAUGUACUUCUUCCUCUGCCACUUGUCCUUCAUGGACCUCUGCUACACUUCCACGGUGACUCCCAAACUGGUCGGAGAUUUGCUGUCUGAGAAGAAAACCAUUUCCUUCUGUGACUGCAUGAUUCAGCUCUUUACCAUACACUUCUUUGGUGGGGUUGAGAUCUUCAUCCUUGUUGGGAUGGCCUACGAUCGCUAUGUUGCCAUCUGCAAACCCUUGCAUUACGUUGUCAUCAUGAACAAGCAGCGGUGUGCCACAGUGGUUGCAGUGUGCUGGGUAGGAGGAUUUCUCCAUUCCAUCUUCCAGUGGGUCCUUAUUUUUUGUUUGCCCUUCUGUGGCCCCAAUAAGAUCGAUCACUAUUUCUGCGAUGUUUACCCUCUCCUGGAACUGGCCUGUACAGAUACUGAAGUGGUAGGACUUCUAGUCCUCUCCGAUUCAGGGACAGUUGCAUUGGUUUCUUUUACAGUCUUGGUCUUCUCUUACGUCACCAUUUUAGCCAGUCUGAGGACCCGCUCUUCAGAAGGACGACACAAAGCCCUCUCCACCUGCACUUCCCACAUCAUUGUGGUGGCAUUAUUUUUUUUGCCCUCCAUCUUCAUUUACCUCCGGCCGGCCACAAUCUUCCCCGAGGAUAAGGUGUUUGCUCUCUUUUACACCAUCAUUGCCCCCAUGUUCAACCCCCUCAUCUACACGCUGAGGAACAGAGAGAUGAAAACGGCUAUGAGACAGGUGUGGUGUUGGAAGUCGCAUUUAGAAGGAAAAUCAGCAAGACAUAGGUGCAUGCAUGCCUCAGACAGCCCCAAGGAAACAAAUUUGACUCCUGAGAAAUCAGAAAUGACUCGAGAUUCAGAAACUCCAUUUUCUCAGAAACAGCCCCCAUCCAUUGUGGAGGUCCCUAGUCAUUUUAGUUUAAAAAGAAAGCCAUAUCGCAAAGAGCUGGGUUCAGAUUGGCUGACUCUCCUUGGAAAGUUGAGCAUGGAUUGGACUCUCCUCAUCCUCAUCACUGUCAGAGGCAGUUUCCUUAUCAAGCAGCCCAUGUACUUCUUUCUCUGCCAUCUAUACCUCAAGGAUGUCUGCUACACUUCCACGGUUAUUCCCAAACUGAUCCGAGAUUUGCUGUCUGAGAUGAAAACCAUCUCCUUCGGUGACUGCAUGACACAACUCUUUACCAUGCACUUAUUUGGUGGCGUUGAGUUCUUCAUACUUGUGAGGAUGGCCUCUGAUCGCUAUGUUGCCCUCUGCAAACCCUUGCAUCUUGGAGGCGAUGGAGGGAGCAGCUUUUAUACCUGGCCCCGUGUGUAUGGAAUAUUCCGGGAGUUGGGACCCUGGAUGGUGUGUUGGAAAGGGGCAGUUAUGCUGGAAGCUUUUCUCUGUGUCAAUAGAGGAAUGGAGUGUGAGCAGGAGGAGCUUUUAUCCCUAUUCUGGUGUGUACAGAUAAUGCUGAGAGCAAGGACCUGCGGUGGAGGGAGGGAAGGUGGUGGUUACCAUGUGAUUUUCUCAGCCGUGAAUGAGGGGUCCGAGAGAAAGCGGAAGCCACUUUCAUCCCUGGUGCACAGAUCAGACUGGGAGCAGGGACCCUCGGUGGAGGGAGGGUAG